AUGGCUGAUGACUCGAAAACGGACGACUUGGAUGGAGGUUCCAACCCUUCCAUUCCAACGCCCACAGCAGGAGAAGCAAGAAAGUCAAGAAAGCCAAAGGCAGCCGCUUCCAGACUUCGUGAUUCUGCUGUGGGUUAUUUUGAAGCGGUUGAUAAUGGUUCGGACAGCAAAUCCAUUUCAUCGCGCAGUGAUCGAGAAGAUAUAAAUAACGACCCGAGCGGAAGCGAUCCGGGGCAGGGUGAAGAGAGCGAGAAUGAAAGCUCAGAUACGGCCCAAAACAAGGACGGAAAGUCUAAAGAGACACCUAAUGCUUUACAAGAGGAGUUCAAUGUGAUGAAGCAGAGAUUGUUGGAACUAGAAGGACGCCUUUCAGAACAGAAGAAAUUUAAAGACCUUCAGGAAAAAUGGGACGACGCGAAAAAGAAGUACGGAGGUGACAAGGAGGAGGAGGUGUGGCAACAGGUAAAGGAAGGGGUAGCACAGAAACUUGAAGAGAAAAAAGAGUCUUACGAGUCUAACACCCGAUGGAUCGAUACUCUCCGCAAAGAAUUAGACCGCAAGCUAGGCGAUGAAGAGGACUUCGAGGCCAAAAUAAUGACUCUGCGGCAGCGAUGGGAACGGGGUCAGAAGAGACGCGACAGCCGCAGCCGCCGACGUAAAGCCAAGGAAGAUGAAGACGACAGCGACGAGUUUGAGUGGAAACAGUGGCGCAUAAGAGCCGAAUACGAGAGGCUCCGACGGGAACUUGAUUUCGAGGAGGAGCGUUUGAAUAUGGAGCACAGGCGAAAACGAGGGACUGAUUCGAGGUAUAUGCGUCGUAGGCGAUCAAUAUCUCCUUAUCCUUCUUAUCCUUCUUAUCCUUCUUAUCCUCCUCCCCCGCCUCCUGUCCGUAUUCGCCGCCGCUAUGUAUCCCGGUCCCGGUCACGUUCCACUUCUCGUCUUCCUACACGCUCACGCUCACGCUCACGCUCACGUACCCGUGUUCGUUGGCGUUCCCGUUCGGACUCGGAUGAGGUUAUCAUAGAGCGGCCCGUAUUUCAUCCUGUCAGUAGGGAGAUCUAUUCUCGACCAGGUGAAACCAUGAUGGAAUGGCCAGCCUUUAAGAAGUCUUUCUCCAAAGACGAAAUCAAAGCUACAGCUAUUGAUGUGUUGGUCGGAGACCCCUUUGUCCACAAGAGUACAGUAUUAUCGAGCCGGGAAUUCUUUGGUAGGACACCAGGGGCUAAAUCGCAUACCGGACGGAACGUGCUUCCCGGCCAGGCGCCUCUUCCUGAGCGCAUUAGAAUCAACUCGACGCCCCUCAUUGAAAUUCUAGAAAAGAUACAUGGAAAUGAGCUCUCCUCCGAGGGCACAAGACCCAUCACGAUGAUUCGCCCAUUCAAAGCAUUAGUUUACUAUGAAAAUAAACUGCGAAAAUGGUACAAUAGGUUGAUUGAAAAAUACCAUGUCCGCACGGACAUAAGCAUAGAGAACGAAGUCGACGCAGAGAACAAGGAACCUGAGACUAUACAUAAUGACGAUGAGGAAGCUCAGGAUUCUGACGCACAGAGUGACCAAGACAUCGAAGAAAACGACGAUUCGGAAAACAACGAGGAUGAAGAAUUCGAUGAUGUGACUGGUUCCACAAGCGCCCUAGAGCACUUGCGCACACUCCUCCUUUUCAUCGACGAGAAGAUCAACGCAAAAAGAAAGUACCUUAGAAGUCCAGACUGUAAGAAUAUCACAUUUAGCGACAUAUGGCAUUUAUUCAAGCCCGGAGACUUCGCCAUGAGUCGGGAUGGAAGACAAGCCUAUCGCAUAGUUAGUCUCACCAGCACGCCACAUAAGGAGGCUGCAACUUACCAAACAUUCUGGUCUCGCAUUAUAAAGGGGCGCGACGAUGACGAAGAAGAGAGGGAGGAGAAGAUCUGUAUUCAUUGUGUUUAUAUCGAUUUUAACGGCGAAAAUCUCGGGCCAGUGACGGAGGAAUUCAAAAUCAAGAGAUUUGAUGGUGAAAGACCUCUGAAGUCGCUAGAGUUGCAUCUUCUCGAUAAGCAAACAGAUCAGGCCGUUUGGGAUAGGCUCAAAGAAAGGGGUUUGAAGUUUAUCGAGGUGGCCGGCGUAAAACAUAUGUACUACGAUGGAUAUACUCUUGACACAUUUGAUGAAAUCAACGGCCAGGUCAUGAUUGAUUUCGAAGAGGCUUUCUUAGUGAAGGAUCACGAGAACUGGCGACCGCAGGUUGAGGCAUUUGUCCCGCCAGCAGACCCAGAGGAAAAUGAAUCGUGCGACGGUGAUUGCUGUCUCAAUCAUAAUGUCCACGCAGAUUCCUAUGUGGAACGGAAUCGCAACGAAGAAUUCAUGACAGGCCUCUUCUCGGGGAUUAGUAGACCUUCCGUCGCUGUUGCUCCACGUCCAUUAUUAGAAGCUCUCUUAGAUAAUAUAAGAGAUGAAGAGCUGGUCAUUAUGUCAUACAGGGCCUUCGGAUUUGGGCUUAGUAGCCGAACCUGGGCAAAACUUCACUUGGAUUAUCUCGACUCGGUGUACGAUGAUGGUGAGGCAGACAAGAAGCUCAACAGCCAACAAGCAGCGUCUAGGGAGCAGAGGACUGCCUUUGACGAACUUGUGCUUCCCAGGGGCUCGAUGCAUAAGCAUAUCGUAAAGUCUCUUAUCGCACAACAUUUCAAAGACAAGGAUAAGGAAUUAGCAACUGGCGAGAGUGACCAACCUGAUAUGGUGAGGGGUAAAGGUAAGGGUCUCAUCCUACUUCUCCACGGCGCUCCUGGAGUUGGAAAGACAACAACAGCGGAGGGAGUUGCGGAAUUCUUCAAGAGGCCCUUGUUCCAAAUUACUUGUGGUGAUCUUGGAACAACGGCUAAAGACGUGGAAACCGUCUUGGUGAGGCACUUCGCUCUUGCAGGUAAAUGGGGAUGUAUCCUACUUUUGGAUGAGGCAGAUGUUUUCCUCGCUCAGAGAGAUAGAAUGGAUUUUAAGAGAAAUGGUCUCGUAGCAGUUUUCCUCCGAAUUCUGGAGUACUAUACCGGUGUACUUUUUCUUACUACGAAUAGGCUUGGAGACUUCGACGAGGCAUUCGCUAGCCGUAUCCAUAUUUCAUUGUACUAUCCAGACCUAGACCAAGACUCUACUAGGAAAGUGUUCGAAUUAAACUUGGAGCGUAUUAGGAAGCGAAGGGGUGACAAAGUCGACAUAUGGCAACAUGAAAUCACCGAAUUCAUUAACGACUACUGGGACAAACACCCUGACGCCCAUUGGAACGGUCGGCAGAUCCGGAACGCCUGCCAAACGGCCCUCGCCCUCGCUGAGUUCGAGGCUAUGGGUAAUAGGCCCGCUUCAUUAGUUGUUGAAUCCGGUGUAACCGCGGAGCUGAAAAGGAGCCACUUUGAAACAGUCGCAGCAGCUUACGUCGAGUUCAUGAAGUAUGUAGACGACAUCCAUGGCGUUGAUGCCGCUCAACGCGCUUGGGAGCAACAUCUUCGUGUAGGACGGAGGUCCGGGCGGCGGGGCAAGGGGUCCGUUAAUCCUUUACUCAUGCCUAAAGAAAGCGGUACCAGUUCCAGAUACGGCACCCCUGACAAUAGAAACGUGAGGCCACAUCAAUACCCACAACAGGCUGCCCAGCAGGGCGCUAUCCCCGUUCAGCAACAACAAGCCUACCAACCACAACCACAACCUGGUGGUGUCGUUAAUCAACCUGGAGGCUAUGGGGUUAACAAUGCUGGUGCUCCCGGCGUAGCGUAUCCGGGUGGGUAUUAUCCUCCUCAAGGGUCGACAUCUGGUUACACGCCAGCCAUUCAUGUUGAAGCUCCUCAACAGGCACCACAGGGCCAGCAAUGGCGAGGGACUCCUCCUGCCGGCGGGGCCGCGGCAAUGAAUCCUCAAUUUGGUGGGGGCGGGGCUGGUGUUCCAGGCUCCAUGCAAAUAACGGGAGGCUAUAUCAACGCAGGCUUUCCACCGCAAAUGGGAGCUCCAGCGAAUGUGAAUAUGGGCGCCGGUGGAGCUCCUGCCGUUGGUGAAGGAAACGCCGCAUUCUACGACCAGCAACAGCAGCAAGGACAAGCUGGUUUCCCUGGAGUUCAGGGGUAUCCACAGGGUCAAAUGCAAUCAAAUCCACAAGCCAUGAACCAGCAACAGGUGAACCCAAACCAGCAGAUGCAGCAACCCCAAGGCCAGCAAGGGAUGAGCCAGCCGCCACCGAGUCAACGUUAGAUUGUA